AUGUUGCGCGUGUGGUACCAACGACGAGCGCAUAUGGUCGUACCAACCAAGGUGCCUUGUGUGCAUCAGAUGUGCCGACGCAUGCCAACAUUUGCAAGUCAGGUACAGCUGGAAGCAGUGCAAGGUGAAGAAUCAUUGGUCCUGCCGGGACGCUUGCCUUCCCAGAUGGAUGCGAUAUUGUUGCGUCAAAACCUUGUUUCUUUGCUGCUGAGCCGGACCAACUAUAAUAUCUACAGCGGCGACAUGUCUGAUUUGGAACAGGCGAAACGUCAACGUCCUCUGGUCCACAUUUUCCACAUGUCUGGUGGUCAACUUCUCGAGGAGAUCGAAAACCACAUGCAGUUGGAACUCAAUCAUCAUCAUCAUUCGUCUCGAACCACAGAGGAACAAGACGUGAAAGUGGAGGAGAAGGAGGAGGAAUGA